AGGGAGGGGCGGCUGCGGGGCGGAGCAUCUCAGGUGUUUGGGGAGCGGCCUGCUCGGCUGUCGGAAUGGCGGGCAGGGGUAAACUAAUCGCGGUGAUUGGAGACGAGGACACGGUGACGGGUUUCCUGCUGGGUGGCAUAGGGGAGCUCAACAAGAACCGCCACCCUAAUUUCCUGGUAGUGGAGAAGGACACCACCAUCAAUGAGAUCGAAGACACCUUCAGGCAGUUUCUAAACAGGGAUGACAUUGGCAUCAUCCUCAUCAACCAGUACAUCGCAGAGAUGGUCCGGCAUGCUCUUGAUGCCCACCAGCGGUCCAUUCCAGCUGUCUUGGAGAUCCCAUCGAAGGAGCAUCCCUACGAUGCAGCCAAAGACUCCAUCCUGCGCAGGGCCAAGGGCAUGUUCACGGCUGAAGACCUGCGCUAGGGCUCCUCAGCCCCAACCCCGCUCUCACUGCCCGGCCUCUCCCAGUUUGCCAGUUCCAGCCCCUCCCUCCCUCUUCACUGAGGGGCUCCUAGGCUGUGGGGUUCUGCUGUUGAGGUCCAUGCUGGUUAGGGAAAGAGAGCCCCACCCUCUUCUCUCUCCACAGUCCCUGCACUGUUAAACGUGUCAUUGUUGGUAUUAAAGGAAUAUUCUCUCCA